GGCGAGGUGGCAAGAUGUCUGGCGGGAAACAUAAUUUAGGGAUGCGGGUUGCAAGUGUCCGUUUCCCAUCAUUUCUGAGGCAGAAAGGGUUAGCUUUCUAGAGGGAUAUUUCAAAUUGCUAAAGAGAGUGAUCGGAGGCAUUGUUUAUUAUGUAUCAUCCGAAUACGCCCUCCACGGCAACGCUUGAGGACAAAAAAUUAAGAGUGUCUGCCUUCAAGGAGAAGACAGGACUUCUUCCUGAACUAAGGGAGAAAAAAUAUACGGUGGAUGGUUCAAAACCCCUUCCUCCUUCCCUUCAGAAUGAGUUCAUUCCUGAAGAGGUUCUUCUUUCUCUGACCUGUGCAGCCAAUGCUGGUCCUUGUCCUGAAAACUUACUACCUCCUAAGAAAAUUAAAACCCCUACGGGUACCCUUCCGCGCUCUGUUGACCAUGUCUGGCAGCAUCCUAUUCGAAGGAAUAAGUUCAGAUAUCUGAUUGACCAUCCCGUUUCCCUAACUGGAGCUGGAAGAGAUAUUUCUUUUCUGUAUGAUGUUAAAUAUGUUAAAGGAGAGACAAGGGAGAGUACACUUUGUUCCCCAGAUUCGGACCAUUCCGUACAGUCACGUGAGGGCGUCAUUGUGCCCCGUAAGCCAAAGAAACUAACCGAUACUUUGAUUCCUGAAGAAUUUCAUAUUGUGUCAAAUAUAGGAGUUUCAGGUUUGGAGUGUUACGAUGACAAAUAUACUACUCUCCUCACAGAUAGUGAAAAUAGGCUGUUGGUCUUUCCAUCCAUGAAACCUAAUAAAAGAGUAGAAGUGGUCAAGCUGAACGAUGUGAUGGAUACUAUGCUAGAGAGGGCUGGUGUGGAAAAUCAGGAAUAUACAGGACCUACCAAGAUGCACAAACUACUACAUAUAUUGAAGAAGGAACAGACUAUUUACAAUACAGUAUUUCAUGAACUUAUUCGACAAGUCAGUGUGGACUGUGCAGAUAGAGGAGAACUACUGUCUAAAAUCAGAGAGCGGUAUGUACAAAUGCUUGACCAAAUCGCCCGGCAGAUGAUUGACUUCUACAAAGACUUGGUAACUCAGCGAGUGAUGGACCAGCGCAUUUUAGAAGAAUUGUACAAUUUUAAGAAUGUUAUUGAGGAACUGACCAGGGAGCUGUGUUUGGUUCGGGCACAUGAUAAUAAAUUAACCAAGGAAGCAGAGAAGGCCCACAGGGAUUUGGCACAAGCUCUGUUAGAUGCUGAAAAGAAUGCCAAAAUUGUAGAAGAAUACCAUGACUUAUAUACAUUACAAAGAGGAAGGAUGGAGAAUGAUAUUAAACAGUUAAUGACAGAAAGAGAUAUCUGGAGCUCAGCCGCAUACGAAUUGGCCCUAAAGGUGAUUGAAAGAAAUAGAGUCAUAUUGGCUAAAAGACUUUACCUCAAUGAAAAAGGCUGGUGUAAAUAUGCGAAGCAUUUCAUCAUACUGCUGUCAAGCAAGGACACUUCAGACCUUACAUUGUUGCAGAAGUUGACACACAAGUGGAGAAACUCAUUGAACAAAUUUAAACAGGAAGUGGAAGAAAGUGAAGAGUCUAUAAGGGAGAAUUUGCAAAUUGUUAAGGAUGGUCUUCUCAAAUGGCAGCAGUUCUUCAAAAGUAACAAAAAAGACAUUUUAUCCUCUCAUAAAGGAAAUGUAGUCAAAUCAGUUUUUUCAGACUUCAAGCAAUGGCAAAAGAUAAUCAGUGAAGAUAAAGACAAGUGUACUGGGGAUUUUCUGGUGUCAAAAUAUGAUUCUCUCAAGAUUAUUAAACACUUACAGGAAAACUGGACAGAUACUGGGUUUGGGAUAUUUUGUCGCCAUAAAAGUAUGGAGGGGGAGAUGCCACCAGAGCAACAACAUAUGGAGGAAAUUGUGAAAAUCACACGAAGACUCUACAAACAAUUUGAAAUAAGAAUAACUGGGGAUAAUGGUACCGCUAAAAUUCUUUCAAUUUUGAUUAGUUCUCUUGACUUCUGUUCUUUCAAGUUGGAAAGCAUCUUGGAGUCUCCUAAAAUGCUUCCUGAAGAAUGGGAAGAACUUGAUGAAAAAAUUAAUGAAAUGGCAUCUCAGUUGGAUGUGUUGUUAAACAUUAUUGGUACUGUCCCACAGUACAUAAACAAGGAUUCUGGCUCGGUACUCCAAGCACAGAUAUUUAACAUGAUUCCGCAAUGGCUUUUGAACAUAGGCAAUGAGAUUAACAACAGUAACUCUGAACUUCAGCGCCAUGUGGAUGAAUUGCAUAUAUCUAUGAUCAAGUGGAUGGUAAAUUUGCUGAUUUUAAUGAUACCUGAUUUUACUGACCAAGACACACUCCCAAAGUUGGAGGAAGAAAGUGCUGAGAAACAUCAUACAGGAGUUGCAAAUUUAGAGCUAGAUGCAAUUGUAUUGGCAAAAAAGUUGUCCCAAUACUCCAGGUAUUUGAGCAGUUGUUGCAAAGGGAUGGUAACAGCUAUGGCUCUGAGUAUAGCCAGUAACUUAGAAAAAAAUCCUGCUAAGGAAAUUUAUGAUCUGGAUAAGAUGAAGAGAGAAUGUUAUGAGUGGAUCACCACAUGCUCUCACCUCCUUUCUGGGAUCAAAGGCAGAAAAAUAAAGUUAUUGACACAUGAAGAAAAAGAGCAGCUAUUUGAAGAAGAGCACGUUAUCAGAGAAUUAGUUGACCCUGAAAUAGAUACACCGGUUAAAGAGGAUGAAGAAGAAAGUAAGGAGGAUGAGAAACUUGAGAAGAAACAGGAAGAAGAGAAAGCAGAAAAACCUUCAACAUCUACAGAGAAGGAAAAACUCAUUCGAUUCAUUGGAGAAGAUGAAAAUAUUCAUUCUAAACCUCUCUUUGGAGCAGAUAUAUUUUCUUCCUGGAGACAAUCAGCUAAUCAGGGUGAAUUGGCCCCAAAGUAUCUGCAAGCAAUGGCUGUCAUCGAACACAUGCAGGAGAAGUUAAUAGAGGUUGAAAGCAGAGCCAGAAUAGCAGAGGAGAAGUUUGAUGAUGUCAAUGAGAAAUUUCAUUAUACUCUUAUAAGAAAUAAAGAACUGGAGAAAGAACUGGAGGGAAUAUUGAUGAAAUCUAGAGCGAAGGCUCCUGAAGGAGAAGGAGGAGAAGAAAAAGAAGAUGAUGAAGAAAAAGGAGAAGAAGAAGAAAUCAAGCCAGUAGAAGGUUCCUCAAAAUCUCCAAAUAAAGAGGUACAACACAAGGAGGGUUCUCUCAACACCAAAUCCAGAGCUGGGACUAAAUCCAAUAGUAAAAUCAAACCCAAGCAUCAUCCAUAGGACGCUGGGGAUCACUGUGGCUCUCCUACCUGAACUCACCCCAGCUAUCUGUGCUAUUGAGCUGACGUGGCUCAAUUGGAGGGACUCCCUUUGUAACAGCUAUUAGAAAAGCCAUGGCAUACAACCCAAGAACAUUUUCUUUAAAAGUCACAGUGCUGGCUGUAGGGAAUCAAUGCAUUAGUUUAUUUCCCAGAUUAAAAAUAGCGUGUGCAAAA